AUGGCGGUGGAUACGGCCGGUGUUGGAGCCGGCCGGAACCAUGGCGAAGAGGCCGAGCUGAUGGGUGUCCACUAUACCAAGAUAUAUUUCGUGUCGGCACGUAUAUACCUGUUUAAACCUCGAGAGGCAAUGUUCGUCUUCUUCUUCUUGGGAAUACUGCUCUUACAUCACAGCGAUGCUAGUUUACUUCAGAAGAGGAAAGGAGAUUAUCCCGAUGCCAACGAGGUUAUCCAGAAGCUCCCUCAAACGUACAUGCUUCAAUCAGUUGAAAAUUAUUCGGAUUUAACUUGUGGUUAUCAAGUUUUCUACAGUGGGACGUAUGGAAACAAAACUUACUCAAAUUAUGACCUAUUCUUUCUCUACAUGGACGGUAGUCUAUUUAACCAGCCACUUUAUAUAAGAAAUGUGACUGGGUACAUAAUUACUAUGAGCAUAGAACCAGGUGCGCUGAGGUUUCUUUUGUAUGGAAUUCGUUUAACCGCAUAA